AUGGCCAAACAGUACAAGACAAUAGGCGAAGAAGCGUGGAAGAGCAACGUGGAAAAGGUCAACGCCGAGCUCUUCAUAUUCACGUACGGAUCGCUCGUUGUGCAACUAGUCAAGGACUACGAGGACUAUGGAGCAGUGAACAAGCAGCUGGACAAAAUGGGGUACAACAUCGGAGUCCGGCUCAUCGACGAUAUUCUUGCUCGCACCUCCAUCGACCGCUGCGCCGACCUACAGACGACAGCCGAGGUGAUAUCCAAAGUCGGGUUCCGCGUGUUCCUCAACAUCUCGCCAGUGGUUUCAGGGUGGUCCGCGGACACCAAAGAGUUUUCGCUUAUCCUAGAGGAUAACCCAUUGAAUGAUUUCUGUGAGCUGCCGCCGAGGGCAAUAAAGGACGGGCUGUGGUACAGCAAUGUAUUGUGCGGGGUUAUUCGGGGCGCACUGGAGAUGAUGCAGAUGCAGGUGGAGGUGUGGUUUGUCAGGGAUGUGCUGCGUGGGGAUGACGUGUCGGAGAUCAGAGUCAGGCUGAUUCGCGUACUGGACGAACAGGUUCCAGCUGGGGACGAGUAA